AUGCAAAAAUCUUAACUAAUUAGAGUAUUGAGUGAUUCUAAUAAAUCCCCAAAUCCUUUUUCUAUGUUCCGAUAAUUAAGUCAAGAAACACCAACAAAUCAAGGGAAUAGUUAAUCUUAGACAACAGAUAGAGAAAUAGCUCGUUUGACUAGAUUAGUUAGUUCUUUAAAAAAAGAGAAUGAAUCAUUGUAAAUACAAAUUAAGUAAUUGGAAUAGUUGGAUUACAAAAGUAAAAUCUUAACUUUAGAAUAAAAAAAUAAAUAGUUAGAAUCUUAAAUAGAAACUUUUAAAAAAUUACCCAUAGAUUAGAUCAAAACCUUAAUAGAUGAUAAUGAAAGAUUAACUAGUAUUGUUGAAAAUUAAUCAACUAAAAUAAAAACACUUUUAACAUAAAUUGAUGAAUUAAAAGACUCCUCUUUUUAAAAUGAAGGAAAAAAUGAAAUCAUUUAAUCCAUGAUAAAAGUAAUAUAUCAUUUUUUAAAUUAAAGGAACUUGAAAAUUAAAAAUUAUAUGUCUAAGAUGAAUACAAGAGAUACAAUAUCUUGAAUAAGGAAAAGUAAACCCUAUACAUUGAAUUACAAAUGGCAAAACAAUAAAUUAAAGAACUUCAUCAAACAUUAGAGAAAAUAAAGAUGAUCAAUUUGGAAAGCAGUGAACCCAGUGACUUACUUCAUUAGGAUUAUCUGAAAAGCCAUGAUGAAGUUUUAACUUUCUUAAAAAAUUAAUAUUGA